AUGUCGAACGACGCAUUCAGUGAGACGCUUCAGUUCAUCACGACCGUCAAACUCAACGAGCUCAGUAAAAGGAACGACAAGUUCGUCAAGUACGCCUCCAGAGUCAACAAAAAGGCAAAUGAGCAUUCCGAUAACGAUCCCUCUGCUCGUCUUAGAGUUCUAGUCGAUGGUCUUAACGGCUGGCCUAAUGCUCUCUCGUCCGAUUUUAGUUGCCAUGACAUUCUGCGCUAUCUGAAGCAGGCAAGGCACGACCCGGGUUUUCCACCUUCGAUAGUUGACGAGUGGACUUGUCAGGCGGAAGCACAAUUUGAGCACGAGGGUACGCGAUUUGACUUUGCACGGCUGUUCGGCAUGCUUCUUAAUGACUGGCUCAACUCGAAGUCAAUUAAUUCUCGAGGAGCGUCGUUGGGUAGCUCGGGUGUCGCCGUUGAAGAGAACGUCACUGCAGAGGGCCAAAAACCCGCAUUAGGGGGUUAUGAAAAGGUCGAUAGGAAGGAGACGGUUGAACAGAAGGCGAAGUUGGAAUCACUUAUCUUCGAGGAGAAGAAGAUAGACGUUGCCGCUCUAAACAAUUACCUGAAGGGUCUAUUCUCUUCGAAAACAGCGAAGGAAGACCUGGAAUAUCUGCGGUUUAACAUCAGGACGUUUGCAUCGUCUUUGAAUACUCGGAAGAUUUCAACGACAGAGCUCAAGCAAGUGAUUCUGUCCGUACUUCAGUCGGAUGUUCUCUCGGAGAAGAAGCAGGCGACGCUAAAGGAGUUCUUGCGUAAUCCGAUAAUCAUGGAGGAGUUGGUGAGCGUUCUUGACAUGCAGCUAUCGACGAUCAAUUCAUGGAGUUGGCCUGUCAGUGGCGUCUUACUUGAGCCACGCCGACAUCUCAAUGGACGAACUCGUUUCUAUCUCGAUGCCGAGAUUCUCACCUGCCUUCUUCUCCACUUCCUCGGUGUGCUCUGGUCAGUCGAAUUCAAGUCCGAACUCAGACGGCUCCUGGAGAGUAGGAUUUGGAAACAACUACCAAAGAAGCUUAGCCAGCUCGAGCACCAAAGGAGGGACAUAUUCUGCGGUAAAGAGAGUUACUGCGUUGACGAGGUUCGGCGCAGGUACAACGAGGAUCAUUACUUUAUGUGCCAGCUGCCGUCGAAUUUUGCAGACCUCACUGACCAUUACAACGAGAACGAUAACAAUAGUCAUGUCCCACGCACUAUCCGGUCACUGAGGGGCUCCGACUCUCAAGGCCCUCAGUUCGAAUCUCCCGUUCACUUGAAGCAGUCCUUGUUGCAUAUACUCUCAGCGGACGUUGCCUUCAACAAGGCGCUUCAUGGCCAGUGUACUGUGGUGCGUACAGAUCUCGAAUGGUUCGGUCCGUCGUUGCCCUUCGAUACCAUCACAACCGUCCUUCGCUUCUUUGGCGUCCCCAAGGAAAAUGUCAAGUUCAUGAAGGCCUUCUUGUCGUGUCCAGUCAUGUUUAAGGGUGAUCCGUCAAACGAGGCACGCGUACGCAAACGAGGAGUCCCGAUUUCAUAUGCGUUUAGUACGCUCUUUGGAGAACUAGUGAUGUUCAUCAUGGAUUUUGCCGUCAAUCAGAAAGCUGACGGGCUUUCCCUUCAUCGUAUUCAUGAUGACUUCUGGUUUUGGGAUUCGAGUUCCGAACGGUGUGCAGUUGCUUGGGCGGAGAUGCAACGCUUUUCACAAGUUGCAGGUUUGACGUUCAAUUCGGAGAAGACUGGGUCAGCCGUCGUCGGAGGCGAUGAGAUGCACCCUGGUCUGCCUCGCGGUGAUGUGCGAUGGGGAUUCCUGCGUAUGGAUGCAACACAGAAAGGGCAAUUCAUAGUUGAUCAGGACAUGGUGGAUAAGCAUAUCGAGGAGUUGCGCCGACAGCUAGCGGCGACGUCGUCUGUGUUCGGCUGGGUUCAAGCAUACAACAAGUACAUUGCGUUUAUUGUUCGGAACUGCGGUGCGCCCGCAGUGGUGUGGGGCAAGGAGCACAUUGACAGUGUUAUCGAUACGAUUGCUCGCGUUCAGAGGGCACUCUUUUCUGUUGGGUCAGAUGGUGGGAACCAAGCUAGCUUUGCGGGUGCAAUCUCAAAGAUGAUCGAAGAUAAGUUCCACAUAUCAACCAAGGAUGUACCUUGUGGCUGGUAUCUCUGGCCCAACGCGGCAGGUGGCCUCGAAGUCAAGGAUGCACUCGUUGAUUUGUUUCUCGUGCGGGAUGGUUUUGGAGUGGGCUCCGUUGAGAGCACAAUCGAAAACGCUUCCUGGAAGGAUGAAUGGGAGUAUGAUAAGGCGAAACGACUUUGGGAGAGUGGAGAGACGACUUAUCGUUCUGCAAAAAUCUCUAGGAUUUCUUCAAGCACCGCGCCCGGCGAAGACGCUAUUGUCAAAGCGAACGAUCCGUUCUUUUCGUUCGACGAAUUCAAGAAGGGUCGCGAAGAGCGUGGUGAAUGGUGGUGUACCGCAUACAAACGGCUCCUUGAUCGUCCACAGAGUUGCUCCGUAACUCUUACACCAAAGCUCGAGGCAUCGUUGAAGCUACUCGGUGAUGGUAUCGGUGCAUUUGGUGGGUCUGAUGGUGCCAUGUCUGGUUGGAACUCGCUUCGGCCGUACUGGAAAUGGAUCAUCGCGCUGCAUCAUGAUCAAAUGGUGAAGAAGUUCGGGAGCUUAGCGGUUGUAGAUCCGACUUCUGUCCCUGUGGGUAUGGUAUCAGUGUUCAAGAGUUCGCGUAUGAAGUGGGAGCAGUAA